CCAGGCCCCGCCUUUUCGGUCGGGAACGGCGCGCAGAGCCCCAGUGGACCAUGGUGGCCUCCAGGCUCUAUACCUUGGUGUUGGUACUGCAGCCGCAGCGCGUUCUUCUGGGCAUGAAGAAGCGGGGCUUUGGGGCUGGCCGUUGGAAUGGCUUCGGGGGCAAAGUACAAGAAGGAGAGACCAUCGAGGAUGGGGCCAAGAGGGAGCUGCAGGAGGAGAGUGGUCUGACAGUGAACACGCUGCACAAGGUGGGCCACAUUGAGUUUGAGUUCGUGGGCACCCCCGAGCUGAUGGAUGUGCACAUCUUCUGUACUGACAGUGUGCAGGGGACGCCCCUGGAGAGCGACGAAAUGCGCCCUCAGUGGUUCCAACUGGACCAGAUCCCCUUUGGUGACAUGUGGCCUGACGACAGGUACUGGUUCCCACUCCUGCUUCAAAAGAAGAAGUUCCAGGGGUACUUCAAGUUCCAGGGUCAGGACACCAUCCUGGACUUCUCACUGCGCGAGGUAGAAGAAAUCUAGCACCAAGCUAGAGUUGCCAGUUCAGCCACAUUCGUGGCACCAACAGUUGGGCUUAUUUUUUCUGUUUGGUAAGGAAAAUAAAGGGCUUCACCUUUGAA